GCGCGAUCAAAUUAUCGCUGGCCGCUGAAUAUUUGAGCAAAAUUGUGGGCGAUUUAAGCAUAAAACAGACUCGGCUAAGCGGUUAGCAGCUGGCUAAAAACAUGCAGAAGUAUGAAAAAUUAGAGAAGAUCGGAGAGGGUACGUACGGCACAGUGUUUAAGGCUAAAAACAGAGAGACGCACGAGAUCGUGGCUCUGAAGCGGGUCCGACUGGACGAUGACGACGAGGGGGUUCCCAGCUCAGCCUUGAGAGAAAUCUGCCUCCUGAAAGAGCUGAAGCAUAAAAACAUCGUGAGGCUACACGACGUGCUGCACAGCGAUAAAAAGCUGACGUUAGUGUUCGAAUAUUGCGACCAGGACCUGAAGAAAUAUUUUGACAGCUGCAACGGCGACCUGGAUCCUGAGAUCGUCAAGUCGUUCAUGUACCAGCUGCUGAAAGGACUCGCCUUCUGCCACAGCCGCAACGUUCUUCACCGGGACCUCAAGCCACAAAAUCUGCUCAUCAACAGGAACGGCGAACUGAAGUUGGCCGACUUUGGUUUGGCCCGAGCGUUUGGAAUUCCCGUACGAUGUUACUCAGCCGAGGUGGUGACGCUGUGGUACAGGCCACCAGACGUGCUGUUCGGCGCCAAGCUCUACUCCACCUCCAUCGACAUGUGGUCAGCUGGAUGCAUAUUUGCAGAACUGGCCAACGCCGGCCGGCCGCUGUUCCCCGGAAACGACGUAGACGACCAACUGAAACGGAUCUUUAGGUUAUUGGGCACACCAACAGAGGAACAGUGGCAGACCAUGACCAAACUCCCCGAUUAUAAGCCCUAUCCGAUGUACCCUGCUACUACGUCGCUCGUGAACGUCGUGCCUAAACUCAGCAGCACGGGACGGGAUUUACUACAGAACCUUCUGAAAUGCAACCCAGUGCAGCGGAUAUCUGCGGAGGAAGCGCUACAACACCCGUACUUUGCCGAUUUCUGUCCGCCCUAGUGGUCAGAGCUAGGUCGAGUGUCGAGCCUCAUUUCUCAAAAUGGACCAACGUGGUCGUACCUCACACACCCCAUCAAAAUGUUCUCGUGUCACCCUCAAACCUCCCUCCCUCCCUUCGACAUUUCCUGUUUAGACACAACAGCACCAAUCAUGCAGCCGGGUAAACUCCACUCCGCCGACUUCAAUCUGUUUUGUAAAGUAAACCUGACACCUA